UCUCUCUCUCUCUCUCCUGAGCGUGGCGGGAAAUUUUAGGAGAGACAACAGUGGCGAAGUUGCUGCGUGCGGGCAGCCUGGUGGUGGCGAGGCAGCAGGGCGUGGGCGGCUCCAGGGUGUCUGGCAGGUGUACGAGUUACGCCUGUGUGUGCAGCGUGACGGGCGCCCUGCCCCCUGUGUGCAGCACUCCGGCUUGGUCGCCGCCAGGGACUGACGCGUAACGCAAAUGCAAUUCUUGUUUAUUGUCACUGAAAAAUUUCCUCAGGAGGUGGCGCGGCCCCUCCUCGCGGGUGAUUCAAGGCGGGUCUUAAUAAGGAGGAAGACGCAGGCGGCGGGACGCGCUGCGCGGGGAGAUAAGGGAAUGAGGCGCAGCGGCGAGCAGCGGGAGGCAGCCGACCCGCCGGUCCCACGCGGCUUUCCAGAUGCGCUGCCUGCGGGAGGCGGCGACACCACUGGGGAAGCAGACGGGGCGCGGCGCAGGGACAGCAGUUCACCCUGCUGCAGCAGUGGCUGCCUGAGUCUGCCACGCGGCGACACGCCUGCCGGUCACUGCUGCUGCGGCGCGCCCUGCAGGGUGUCCCAUGACCGGGCCUAUAGCCAGUUUUUGCCGGAGUGUCGCACCGCGGGGGGCGGCGCGACCCGGGCUACACCCUCGGGAGACAAUAGCGCCCCUGCGGCUCCCACGCCCGGGGCCGCCCCAGGACGCCUGAUAAUGCGCCGCCCGACAAAUGAAACGCCGAGGCCAACCCGCCGCUGCACCAGACCAGUCCCUGCGCGACGACCACCGGGCGGGGACGUGCAGUGUGCCCUGUCCUCCGUGUCCUUUGAGUCCUCCGUUUCCUCUGUGGCGGUGUGCGUGACCCGCGUGUCCUACGUGUGCGUGGCGGGGCGGGGCGGGGCGGCGUGGCCUCGUGCCGUGUCGCCGUGUCGCCUCGUGCCGUGUCGCCGCAGUGCCGCGCCACGCUGUCUGUGCCAUCGCCAUAUCGUCACCGCGUCACCACGCCGCGCCCUGCUCUCCUUCAAGUGUUGGUGGCCACAGCAGCGUUCCGUCCGUCACGGCAGCCGCGCCAGCACCCCGCCAAGCAGCGGCACUGAUGACCAACACCCAUCAUUCCUACGCCCAGGUGUGCUCAGGCGGGCCCACCACCACCACCACCACCACCCACCACCACCACCACCAGCGAAUGAAAAGGAUAAACAAUCGGAAAGUUUUCUUCAUACAGGAUGACCAAGAUGAAUUGCUGGUGGCAGGCGAGGGCAGGAUGGACGAGGACACGAGGACGGCCUGAUGAAGAGACUGGUUACCCGCCAUAGUCCCACUACGAAAUAAUAUGAGGGCGGAUUCCAGCCACAUUCCAGGAGACAAAUUCCAAGGGUUCCAGAUUGACUAUAGAAGCUGAAACAAACAAACAAACGAGAGAGAAAAACCAGCAGCUGCGGGCCCCCACCCCCCCACAGCCCCCGUACACGUCCAGCUGGGAGGAGUACAGGUGUUCUUUGGCUACAGUUUGCGCAGGCAGAUCUGAGUCAAAAUUCAUCUCCGGGCAGCGGGAGGCGCGGGGUCAGAUGUGUGCUGGUUCAGAGGUAGCGGGGCGGGACGCGCGCUGCAUCAUAGAGAAGACAGCACAGCCACUCGUCUUAAUAUUAGGAACCUCUAAGGCCCUUGUCGAUUCCGCGCUGCUUAUUGUCCACUGACCUUUAAAUAUCAUGUGUCGCUUCUAAAGGCAAGACCCGCGUGUGUGUUUGUGUGCUGGAGUGUAGCAACAGUGUGCUUCGUGUGUGUUCUGGUUUUGUUGACUUUUAAUAUUUUUUUAUAUUUACGAUUUCUUUGAUAUUUAGCAGGGGAUAUUGUUUGCAUGGAGACAGAAACGGAGAAUGUAAGGUUUAAUUUGUCAUAAUUUCCAAGCUACAGAACUAUUUAGCUAGCACGGAAAUUAAGAAGAAAAAAAUUAUAGAUGCUUCUGGGAAAUAUCUGGUUAUGAGAAUUAUCUGGUAGUGAAAGGCUCCGUUACAUGUUUGGGGGACAGUAUAAGCCUGGAAGAUGAAAAUGCAAAUGUACUUUUUACUUUAGUUCGUCAGGACAGAAGCACCAGAGGGAGCGUGGAAGAAUGAGAGAGAGGAGUCACACAUGAGAACAAGGAUAGUUUUUCUUGGUACCCUAACUCGAGUCACUUUAUUGGCGUCACGAAGCCUAAUUUUUCUUUUUUUUUUUUUUUUUUGCGUCACUAUCAUUUAGCACUACUUCUAUGAUUUAUUUAUUACUAUUUUCUUUUGCUUUCUUGUCAUUCAUUUGCGCAUUUAUUUAUUUACUUUUUUUUCUGCGUUACUAAGCGUCAUUUCGCCCCACUUUCUGCAUCAUUUCCUGGCGUCAAUUUGGGGCAUCAUUACAGCAGGCGGGUAGGUAGGUGAAGUGGGUACCAGGUGAGUGAGUGACCAGCUCAGCAAUGGGAGACGAGUGAGGUGCGAGACAGCAAGAUGGAGGGAGGGAUAGAAGGGAUGUCAGCGUGUGGAAGAACGUGGGUGGUGCAUGGGUAGUAAGGCGUGAGGGUGGGUGGAAGGUGCCGUGAGUGGGUAUUAGAGAUUACAACCCUAUUAUCCUUGGGUAGUGGGUGGAUGAGGCAGCGUGGGUGGAAACGUAAGGUG